GAAGCGGACUGAUAUGCCCGAGAGCUCGCUCGCUCACAAGUGCGUCUGCUUGGAGCGGCUCUGGAACCCGAAUGAGCGCUCCAUUUGGAAGACUCGGGGAUGACGCCAAUAUUCUUCACUGAACGGAUGGGACAUAGCUGAAAGCUGCAGACACUGUGGAGAUCCGCAUCUUCAAACAUGGAGAAGAUAUUUGAGCGCAAUGUUUAUAUUAGAGUCGCGCGCAUGAGGAGGAUGACAACCGCAUCUCGUCCGCAUGGACAACGCGCUGUUGCAUCUGUGAAAAGCGCCUCAAAGCUUCCACGAGAGUGACUUUCGUGUCUUCUGUGUACUGGGAGGAGGAAAAAGAAAAAAAACCUCUUCAUUGCCAGUUUGUGCUUUUGCAGACUGCGACACAGUUGGAUUUAAAAUUCUGCUAUAUUCUCAGUUGCAGAUCAUUUCUGAUCCAGCUCAGGCAUCAUCAUGGGUACCGUACUUUCUCUGUCGCCCGUCUCGCGCAAGUCAGGCUACUACGAAAACCGUCCCGGUUCGUUAAGCCACUACCCGAGCCUGAGCAGCCGAUCUCUCAACAACCAGAAAGAGCGCGGCUUGAAGAGAGGCCAGUCCAUCUUCCUCCCGGUGCUCACAUGGAAACGUCUGGUGGCCUCCACCAAGAAGAAAGGGAACGCCAAGAAAGGCUCCAAUGCACCACUUGGCCCGGUUGACCCUCUCAACAACAACAACAACCUAAACAUCUACCAAAAGGAUCCCGUGCUGCACCUCAACUACGAGAAUGUGAGGAAGUCUCUGUCGUGCGCUAACUUGAGCAGCUACGAGGUGCCGGUGGGACUCGGGCUAGGGCUCGGUUACGGCCUGGGACUGGGCCACGGGUACGGCUGCAUGAAACCACAGCAGCUUUCUUCUGUGAAAAAAAUCCCGCAGGGGACCUUGAGCACGUCCCCUAAACGUGUCAUCGUCCAAGCGUCCACCAGCGAGCUGCUUCGCUGCUUGGGGGAGUUCCUGUGCUGUCGCUGCUACCGCCUCAAGCAUCUGUUGCCGUCCGACCCUGUUCUGUGGUUGCGGGCCGUGGAUCGCUCGCUUCUGCUCCAGGGCUGGCAGGACCAGGCCUUCGUCACACCGGCUAACGUGGUCUUCGUGUACAUGCUGUGUCGAGACGUGGUGGACGGGGAUUUGGUAGCGUCGGAGCACGAGCUGCAGGCCAUCCUGCUCACCUGCCUCUACCUGUCCUACUCCUACAUGGGUAACGAAAUAUCCUACCCGCUCAAGCCCUUCCUGGUUGAAGCGGGUAAGGAAGCCUUCUGGGACCGAUGCCUCGCCAUCAUCAACGCCACGAGUUCUAAGAUGCUGCGAAUCAACGCGGACCCUCAUUUUUUCACGCAAGUGUUUGCCGAACUCAAAAGCGAAGGGGGGUGUGGUCCGCAAGAUUACAGUCGGGUUCUGGAGAGGUGAGAGGAGUCGCGGAAGAUGCCGACAGAUGCAAGCUGGUUCCGUUGCCAUAAGUAUUUAUUUGAUGAUUGCAACUUUGGGGUUGGUUGACAAUUCUUGGAUGGAAAUUUGAGGCAAAAAAAUAAUCUGCAAUUUUGAAAAGCAUUUCAAUUGAAUUCUCUCUUGCCACAUCCUCAUGCCCUACUUUUUUUUUAAACCAACAGCAACCAUGAAAAAUUGAAGCACCAUUUACCUCAAGAAUCUUCUUGAGCGGACUUGAAUUGCAGAACCUUUUGCUCCACCUGUCCCAACAAAAGUCUUGCACAGCAUGUGCGAGGCCUCCAGUUGUCUCAGCUGCCUCUCGGGAUCCUUCAGCAUCCUCACGCAUUUUUGGGGGGGGAUAAAUCAACAUGCACGGCUCAGACCGGAGUACGCCAUUGUCGCCGAGCACCGUGGCGGAUUUCCAGCAACAUCCAAGCCGAUUGGAUUGACAUUUUCAUCAGAGACUGAAUCAUAAAAUGCGGCACAGACAGUUUAAUCUGACUAAAUUGGAUAUUCCGAGACAAUGCCGAGCCAUCUCGCAACACCGGCAGAGUGAUGGAUGGGAACAGCUGCACGUCGGUACCACGCCAGUCCUGCUGUGUGCUUUUAUGGGUCACCUGGCCUGAGGGGACAGUUGCCUAUUUUUACUCAAAUUAAAUUUACCAGGGAGCUUUCCAGAGUCGUAGUAGUUUCAUAUCCCGCUUUAGCGCCGACGCAUGUGAGCGGAAAGCGUGACCGACUUGUGCCGUGGCCAGCCGCCAGGGUCAUCAGCUGUUUAGCCCGUCCUGCGUUCCCCUGCUUCUUGUUGACAGGCCGCCGCAGCCCGGCUGCUAAUUAGAUUAGCAGAUUACGACUCCCCAAAUCUCUCAAGACCUCUGCCCCUUCUUGGCCACUCAAUAACCCCCGCAGAGUCCGACUGCUAAAUCCAGGCCGCGCUGGACGGCGAGUAUUUAAAUGCCCGGUCAUGUGCUCUUUAUUCAGAAUAAAAGCGUGACACACGUGCACUGGUCAGAGUCCAAUCUGGCGUCUAAUGAGUGCACCGUACAUUCUCAUCCGUCAUGCACAGGCUUCUUAAAACAGCGAGUUCAUUCGUUUUAAUGUGAGUUAUGCACGACAUUUUGAUCAUUUUGAUGCUUUUCAGUGUUAUUCGUACUUUGAUCACAAAGAAGUUCAUUUAUAAAAUGAACAUAACGCAAUGCCUGAGAAGCAUCUUCAUUCAGAUCCUCAGGGAAAAAAAAAGUAUAUAGGCUAAUUGCAUCUUCUACUAAAAUAAGUGCAGAGCAGUGACCCAGUAUUUUUGCACAAUACUUUACAGUAUUCCAAAAUCAUAUCAAAUUUGAUCUUAACACAUAUAAACAUCCCCUUAGUGGGUAAUCCAGCGCUAAUCCUCCCGCCCAAUCAGAUGGAGAGGGAGCGAGGGAUGACGAGAUGGAAGGGGAGGGGGGGUCGGAAUGCACUGAGAUUUUGAUGUCACACUCGCUGUGCAGUUUUUGACCUCCCGGCUCAGCCUUCAAAUCCUCCUUUAACAAAGUGAAGGCCACAUAGGCCCAAAGCUGCCUAUUCCCAGCCCCGUUUGAGUCAAACCCGCCCGAGGGGGAGCUCGCAUGAGUCACACCAGUCAAGCAGAUAAGAGCGACGGCGUGAUUCAUAACCCGAAAGAGAGGCGCCUUUUCUUGGCCUUCAAAUGGCAGCCAUUUUGCUCUCAUUGUUACUUCUGCACCCCCUCGCUCGCUUGCACAGUUUUGACAAGGACACUUGUGUCUCAUCUGCCCCCCCCCCCCCCCCUUCUCCCUGCCGCCCCGUGUUCAGCUGUUCAUUAGAUUUGACACCCCAACCCGCCAGCUAUCGUCAGGACAAGGAAGGGCAGAAUUGUUGUCAUAUUUGUUUUUACUUAAUGAGACUGGGGGAUACAUUUAAAGGUUACAUCCCCAAUUUGAAAUCAGAGCAUGGAAAUGAGCAACACGGCAACUGUCUCCUCUUUCAAUCCGUACCUGAGCAGGAUCCGGUAGCUGCUCCUCCGAUCCUUCCAAGCCAAUUAACUGCCGUCUCAGCUGGAGUUGGAAUUCACUUCAUCCAAUCAAAAGCCUCCUUAGAGAUCGACUUGCAGGACAGGAAGCACACCAUGUUUGUGGUCCCUCUUUGUGCAUCACAAGGACUUGAUGGUUGCUUGGACCUGAAAUUUACAUUUGUGGAGAUGUGUGUUAUUUAUCCUAAAAAUGCAAAUUCAGAGAUAAAAAAAUAAAAUAAAAUUGCCGCGCACACAGUUAAACCCAAAGUAGGUCAGACUGUGGCCAAAUGUAGUGUUCAAGUGGAUGUUUACAUAAUCUCAAGGCUGGCGAUUACACUAGUUAGUGAUGAUAUAAGACUGUAAAUUGUGUUUGAGGUAUUCAUCAAGUAUUUGCCUUUGUCAUUGUUUUUUUAUCUUGAAUAACUUUGGACUUGAAUUUUUUUUUGUGGGGCAGAAAAUGAAAAUAAUAGUAAUUCGAAAGGUCACCAAAUAAAACAACUCAACUAGGGUAUGGUCACAAAAAUGGUCCCAAUUGGUUUUCUAAAUGAGGAAAUAUUAUUUAACUGUAACCAUUUCCACUUUUAGCUGAACGUGAUGAAAAUGUGGAAUGGUGUUGAGUUCGCACAACUCUGUGAGUUGUGUUAAAUUAUUGGACUGCUGCUGAAGGUUAGCAUGAUCGCCUUAACAUGGUGACUGGUGUAAAUAAGACGUUAUGUAAAAAAAAAAAAAAAAAAAAAUGGCAAGUAUGAAGAAAAAAAAAAUAGAAGUGAUAGUGAUGUCCUGUCGUAGAACGCAUGCUGGCCGGUAGUUUAGAAAUGUACUGUAUGCUUUUUUUUUUUUUUUUAGCUUUUUAUACAUACUGAAUUCUCAUCUUAAUAUUUGUUGGCCAUUUUAAAAACUCUUUUUUUUUUAAGAAGCAUGUCGCCAACAUCCAAUAUGACUGCUCAUGCUUAGAAACACUGGAAACAAAACUAUUUCAUAGGUUACAGCUAUUAAAAUAAAAACAUGUGAUUUCUUCAGGCAAAAAAAAAAAACAAGUUAUCAAAUUGAUCAAGUUAGCGACUAUCAAUGGCUUUUACCAUCAAUGCAGCAGAUGGUGACACAAAGAUGGUCAUUGUACUUGUGGUGUUUGUCUCCGGCAGCUCCAGGGCAGCCUGCGUACACACAGAUUGUUUCACAGUUACAGCAACGUUGGGCAGAUGUUAAAACAAAUAUCUAAAUAUAAUAUAACUGCUGAAUUUCAAUCUCCCCCUUCCAGCUUGGUCCCUCUGGGUUUCCAUGGUUACCUUCCUGGGUAACCUAAAACAAAGAAGCACAUUAACUUGAAUGAACUUUCACAAAAGUCACUAAAAGUGUGUGGCUAAUAAAAAGAAAACUUGAAGACAAUUUUUUUUUCUUUUUUUCAUGAUGACAAUGUGGAUUAUUUAAUAAAGUAUGGAGCUGAAGUAC